UAAAGACUGAAGUUUCGAUUUCACAAGAGUUAAAUUAGUUCACACCAAUUCAAAACUCCAGUAAAGCUAAAAAGGAGGAAUUUCGCUGUUCAUUGUUAACAAUUUUUAUUAAUUUGUUGUCAAUGACAAUCAGAAAGUGAAGAGACUGAAAAUGGCAGAUAACAGAGAUGAAGAUGAUGAUUUUCUUGAUUUGUGUGAAGAGAAUUCCUCACCUCUCGCAAACCCUGGAGUGAUUAUUUUACCAAAAGUAAACUUAGAUGUAUAUGAUGUCAGUUCAUCGCCAUUACCAGACCCUAUGGCAAAAAUUUCAUCGGUGAAAAAUGAGGAUUUAUGUAUAUCUAUAUCAACAUGUAGUGAUCCUGAUGGCUCAUCGUUAGAGGAUUAUAGCGACAUUGAGUUAGAGGACAGUAUCAGUAGCAUCUCGCCAAAGAAAAAAAGUACAACAGUUCAAGAACAUUUUGGUAAAAAGAAUUGUAAUGCUGCUGCAUCACCGCCUGGUGCAAGUGAGUCACAAACAGAAAAGCUGUUAUCCUCAAAGUAUGUACAAGUAAUAAGUGAUGAGAGUGAUGUAGAAAAGACUGAAAUAGGUAAUGUUAAAAAAUUUCCAUUUGAGCAGUCUAAUUCUUCGAAGGAACGGAACAUUAUCAGUAAAAGUACAGGUACAGGCAGUUCUGUAAACAGGGAUAAAGUGAGGGGAACGUCACAAUGGCCUACUGAAGAAAAUAAAACAAAAACUCUGAUAAAAAGAAAACCUGUGAAAGAUGAUGGUGGAAUUAUUAAUGAUGUUUCUCCUUCCAAAAAGAUAAAACCAACAGAGAAUAAACCAAAGGAUGAGAUGGACAGUUCGUUAGAUAAUGUACAUAAAGAGGACAAUAACAGUGUUGGGAAUAAAUCAACAAAGGAAGUUAUUAUCAAAGCUGCAAUCCAUUUGAAAGAAAUGUUUCCAGAUUUGGGUGCUGGGCAAAUUGGCGAUAAGAUAAAGGCAGUGAAUAAUGGUACCAUGUCAGAACAGGAACUCAUAGAGAGAGUGGUAGAAGGUAUAUGUGGUAACACCACAAACCAAAGUGAAGAUAUACAGAUAGCAAUAGCCAAUCCUAAGAUACAGAUUCCUCAGAAUACACAGUAUAAACCUGUACAUAAGGCCAAAAACCAGCUGUCCAAUAGUUCUAAAGGGAAAGCUUUACUGAAAAGAGUAGUUCACAAAACAGAAGACAUGGAUAUUGAUAUGGAUUUUGAUGUAGAACGGUCAUAUGACGGUUUACUAUCAGCAUCUCCAGUUGCAAGACCUGAAGUAAUUGAGACAGAACCAAAUAAAAUCAAACUUAGAUGGAAACAUGUACAUACAUCAUCAUUUCCAUCAAGUGACAUGCAUAUCAGAUAUGUUGUAGAAAUACAAGCUCCCCCUGCUAGAGAGUGGACAACGUUAUCAAGGAACAUUGCGGGUACUGUUUAUGUAGUGUCAAAUCUGAAACCAGAACAGGACUACCAGUUCAGAGUAAGAGCAAGUUCUAGAUUUGGCGAGUUGUCAGAACCUUCUCCUGUCGCAGUAUUUAGUAGAAAAAUUGGAAAACCUUCUUCAGUCACUGAUGAUAAACCAGAAUGGUGUAAGGCUGUAGAUGAUAGUUCCAGCUUCUCAAUAAUCAACAGUUAUGAUCAGUUUCCAUGGUUUCAUGGUUAUUUAACUCGUUGUGAAGCAGAAAAUCUCCUCAGAUAUGGUAGUGGAAGAAAUGGAAGCUUUCUUGUACGUAAAACAGAUAUAGGUGUAAAGAUUAUAGGUGUUUUGUAUGAGGGAAGUGUUCAACACUACAAAAUAUUUCAGGAUACUAAUGGAAAGUUGUUUAUAUCUAGGGACAAGAAAUUCAGUACUUUGCCAGACUUGAUUAAUCAUUAUUCCAUUUGUAAUGAAGAGUUAGUGACAUCAUUACAACACUGUGUUCCUAAAGUUCAAGAAAAUUUUACUCAACGAAAAGAACCUCAGAGCAUUGCAACAAAGAAUGAAACAAUUUCUAAACCAGUUGAUAGUACAAAAGAAGAGGUAUCCUCGUCAACAUUGAUGUGUGAAGCUUGUCAGUCACUAACGACAUGUGAUAAGAUUGUACAGUGCUGUGAUGGUCAUCUUAAUUGUAACAACUGUGUAGAGAAAGUAGUUAAGAAGGUUCUGUCACAUGGCAGUGAAGAGACCAACAUCACAUGCUGCUAUAAUGAGUGUUUUGAAUGCAAUAGUUAUAUUCCUGAAAGUCAAGCAAAGAAAGUACUGCCAUCACUGAUAUUUGAACUUUUGGAAGAUAAAAUCAACAUAAAAGCAAGUGAAACUAUAGAGAAAAUGACAGACUUAUACAGCUGUCCGUUUUGCCAGUAUAAAGUUGUGAUUGAAGGAGAUUUGAAGAAAUUUGAUUGUCCACAGUGUAAAUCAUCGACAUGUAGAUACUGUGGUAAGAAAUGGGAAUCUUCAGAUCAUGGAGGUUGUACCCUCAAUACAUUUAUGGCUAACUCUGACAUGGACAUUACUUCUACAUGGUGUACUUUACCAGAGGGAUACAAGGAUUUUAGAGCAGUACCUCUUGACACUGGUCAGUCAGAAUACAACUUUGUUCUUUCAUUAUUCCAUAAAAAAGGAUUAAGAAAAGCGUCGUCAGGUCAAGUUAAAGCUGUUUAUAGUGUACAGAAUCCAAGAUUAUGGCAGAAGUUUUCUUUACAAAAAGAGCACAUGAUAGAAGACAUAGGAAAAGAUAAUAUAAAUGAGCAGCAUCUUUUCCAUGGAACAGACACAUCAGCAGUAGGGGGUAUAUGUCGUGAUGGCCUAGACUGGAGAAUGUGUGGUUUGAACGGCACUGCUUUUGGCCAAGGGACUUACUUCGCAGCAGAGUCAAGUUAUUCAGAAAGGUAUUGUAAUAUCGGAUCAAUCAGACGUAUAAAGUCAGCACAGCGUAAAGGUUUCACUUUGGGAAGUGCUAACCGACAUCCUUCAUUUGGAGGUAAUAAUGCAAUUCCAUUACCCUUUACACAAGGUUUUUCUAUUGGAGUAAACUCACCUGUGUUAAUAAGACUUAACAGCAAUCGCAAUCAAGGAUUCGGAUUCGGAACAGCAGCUACAAAUAAUAAUUUCUCAGGAUUAUUUGGUGGAACCUUAAAUAAUCAAACUAGUGGUUCAAACUUUGCACAAGGACCUUUUAAUCAUUCUCAGAAUAUUGGAUUUACACAAUCACAGACUCCAAUCAUCCCAACUACUCAUCCACCUGGGUUUGGAUUUGGUAGUGCAGCCCCUGCUGCUACUUUUGGGGCAGCUAACAACUUCACUGGCCCUGUUUUCAAUUUUGGAGCACAACCUGUAAAUUUUGCAAAUGCUACCGUAAAUAAUACAGGCCAAGAGGAUAAUACUUCUCGUCAAUCAGAAGAUAUUCCAAUCGAGGAACAAUUUAUUCAGACCACGAGCAGAUAUAUGUUUCUAGCACGUGUUUUAGUGGGAAGGCCAUGUCAAGGACAACAUGGUAUGCGUAAACCUCCACGUGAUGAACAGAACAGGCUGUACAAUUCAGCCAGCGACAAUCCAUCUAGACCUUCCAUAUUUGUAGUAUUUGAUAGUGCUCAAUGCUAUCCUGAAUAUUUAAUUGAAUUUUGAAGAUUUAGUAAUUAUCAUUUUAGUUAAAAAAUACUUAGUUGAGGCCAAACAAACAAAAGAUGUACAAAUUCAUCUGUUUAUGAAUUUAUAGGAAAAUGAGGCAAUAUGCAUCAUAUGUUAUUUUAAAUGUUAUCAGCAUUAGAAGAAUUGUUAACUUCUUAUCUUUUUUACAGUGUUUAGGUUUUUAUGCCCCCGCAGUAGCGGAGUGGGCAUUAAGUUUUACCCUUAUCUGUCUGUACGUCCCAAAAUUGGUUUCCAUUCUCUAACUUUAGUUUGCCUCAACCAAAUGUUAUGAAACUUAUACACAAUGCUUAUUACUACAAAAAACAGAUCAAGUUUGAACUUUGGUGGCAUCACUUUUAUCGUUCUAAAGUUAUGCCCCUUUACAAAUGGAAAAAUUGCUGGAUUUUUUGUUUAAAUGUUAUGAAACGUAUACACAAUGCUAAUUACCACAAAACUCUGAUCAAGUACAAAUUUGGGUAGCGUCACUUUUACAGUUCUUGAGUUAUGUCCCUUUAUAACAUUAUAUGCAAGUGGGGGCAUCAUCUGUGUCCCAUGGACAUUCCCCAUUUAUUUUUUAUCUAUACAUGUACAUGCUGAAGAAGGUAAAUAAUAUGAAUAUAUAUUAUAUAGUAAAAUUGUAUUCAUUGAUAUUUUUGCAAGAUUAAUAGUGCCUCAGUGACUGAAAAAGGUCUAACAAACAUAUUGACAGAAAAUAAAAAUCAUACAAAUGGAUCAUAGGAUAGCCAAACAAAUUAUCAUCUAUUUGUUACAUGUUAACAUCAGACAGGCAGUGCCAUAUUGUAGGAAAGGGAGGUUUACUUUUUCUUUCUAU